GUACUAUACAGCACCACGUGACCAAAUUCAGCCACAAUUUCUAUAUUUGAUUGUGUUCUGACUCCGCCUCAGGAUUGCCGAAAUCGCUGCUCGCUGUUAUCCACGACAACCGCAAGACUAAUUCACGACGCAACAUGGCGGAUUCAUCGGUUACUGACCCCUCGGUCGCUGCUGAGCUCAAGAAGAAGAGAACCUUCCGCACGUUCUCCUACCGCGGAGUUGACCUCGACAAGCUCCUUGAUAUGAACAAUGAGGAGUUCGUUGAACUCGUUCACGCACGUGCUCGCCGACGGUUCGGUCGUGGCCUCAAGCGCCGCCCCAUGGGAUUGAUCAAGAAAUUGCGCAAAGCUAAAAAGGAAGCUCCCCCGAAUGAAAAGCCCGCAGUCGUCAAGACCCACCUCCGUAACAUGAUUAUCGUUCCUGAGAUGAUUGGCAGCGUCGUUGGUAUCUACAACGGCAAGGUAUUCAACUCCGUCGAGAUCAAGCCUGAGAUGACAGGCCACUACCUCGCUGAGUUCUCGUGCUCGUACCGACCAGUCAAGCACGGUCGCCCUGGUAUCGGUGCCACGCACUCGUCUCGUUUCAUUCCUCUGAAGUAAGGCACUGGGUUCUUAUAUCUUUUGCAUGUCCCUCUAUUAGCUUUACUACUUCAAAAUAUAUGCGUAUGCCUAUAUGCCAUACGAAACACAUGCCGGUCUCACUUGUAACGGUCGGAAGCAACGACAACAUGCAUGCAAGAGUCCAGCAUCAUUGGUCUCUGAGGCCCAUUAAUGAUGAAAGGUACAAGAUA